UAACGAUGCACUAAAUUUUAGCUAAUUAUAAAUAUAUAUAUAGUAUAUAAUAUAUAUCCUAUAUAUUAUGUUCUAAAUGGGUGCAUUUUAUUCCGGCUGCUGUCCUAUUCAUGAAACCGAAGAGAAAGAUUGUAUAUUAAGGACAAGUAUGUCUAGUGGCAGUGAGACAGCAGUUGGUCCUGAGCAGCAGGACGGUAGAUCUGGACCUGAGAAGGAAGGGAAAGUCUGGAGCCGUCAUCAAACCUCCAUCUCCACUACUGAGGGGGAAUCAGAUACUGAAUUACAUGCAUUCAUCAUGAUGAGGAACCAAGUAGAUAAAGAUACUGAGGAAUGGGAGAAGCUGAACUAUGAUAUCCACAGUCUGAGAUGUGCUCAUAGAGAAGUUUGUACACGUUGGAAGAAGAUCUUACUUCAGUUAGGUUACCAGAGGGAGGUCGACUCCUUGCUGACAGUAAACAGACGGACAAUUCUGAGUGACUGGGAGAAUUUGGAGAAGGCCAAAGAACUUCUGCGCAUAGUGUCAGAGGAGACAGGCCUCUUCCCCCGUGGGCUGGGCACUAAUGAAAGAUACCUCUUUGUCAUGGAUCGUCUGGUGUCUUUGGACAGUGCUGUGGACUUUGUGCAUUUGGCCAAAGAGAAAUAUCCGAGAAUAGAGUCUUGAGAUGGAGAGGAACAUUCAGUUUGGUCUUCUGAAUGUAUGGGCGUUUUAUAUAUAUAUAUAUAUAUAUAGAUGGUACAGGGAGACACAGGGGGGUUGAUGACAUAGAGAAAAACUUAUAAUGACUGCCCCCUAGUGUUAUAGUUUGAUUAAGAAGGAUCUUAUUUCUUCACCAUCAUACUGUAUAUAGUAGAUACUUCUUCUGCAAAUACUUUUUUUUUAGCACUAACCUGAUCUAAACUCAUCAAUUUUUUGGCCUGUGGAAGAGAGAAUGAGUAAUGUUUACUUCUGAAAUAUGGAACUUUCUGAUGAGAGCCACUAUUGUAAAUACUUUACAUCCCUUUCAAUCCUCAAAUCACUUUUUUAACAAUCAUUUGAAAUCAUCAGAUGUUAGAUAGAUGCAAAAUACAUAUACACUGUAUUGCAUUGCAACUGCAUUCAUUUAUUAACAUUUGUAUACGAUCAGUCAAUAUAGCUUCAAAUGAAGGUGUUUUUUAUGUCUGAUAUUGGAAUAUAUAGUUAUAUGGAUUUAUUUAGCUAAAUUAGAUAUAGAACCUCAUGGUAAAAUAGCAGGUUUUACUUUGAUCAGUUUGUGUUAAAUGGUUGUCUGGGAAAUUGUAUCUUAAUAGGGUAAAUCUAAUUACCCCAAAUAAUCUGCAAAUGCAUAUAAUUUCUCUGUGUACUUCAUCAAAUUCACCAACAGAGGUCAGCAUCAUCUUUAUUUUAAAUAUACUCCUUGCCAACAGCCCCACCACCACCACCACCACCACCACCACCCAGAAGCAGGCCAAUGUGAGAUCACUAAAUGUCUGAAAUGACAUAUCUCAUGAUGAUGAUUGACCAAAGUGUGUUUCGUAACUCUCUGUUUCAUGGUGGGCAUGAUGCCACAUGUUUCUGUUUUAUGUCCCUCUAUCAGACAAUAAGUGAGUGUGGUCAUAGUUUCAGCUGUGCACAUUGACCUAUAUAUUGUUCUCUCUUGGGCCUGCUCUAAGGGGCCAGGCAGACACAGAUGUGGAAGAGAGAGAGAGAGAGAGAGAGAGAGAGCAGUGUGAGGUGGAGGAGGGGGCUUUAUUAUAAAUCUCCUCCGUCUCCAAGCUUGGCUCUCUUGCAUUGUUGAAGAACACCUUGUUCUAAUUAUGUGUGUAUCUGUUUGUGUGUGAGUGUGUUAUGUGUAUAUGUGGGACAGUGCUGGCUUUGUUCUCAUGUCCCUCUAGCAGUUUGUCUGUGACCAAAGUAAGAACAAUGACUAACUCUCUAAAGUUAACAUCAUCUCAGGGUCUGUCUAUGACAGAUGAUCUGCAUUUAUUCAACUCCUCACAGACAGAGCAAAAUAGGAAAAAUAGUCUCUCAAUAAGAGACUGUAUCCCAGAGUAUGUGAUUGCAUUUCGUAAUGACUAUAAUUACUGAAUGGAGUCCGGUUUCAUGUCAGCUCUACAACUGGUUCAGGCUGAGUGCUAUAGUAAAGCAGGGCACCUGUCCUUUAUUUAUCAAAUACACUCUUGGAUGAGAAACAGACCAAAGUUGUUAUUCACUGAUAAUCUUCCCCUCAAUUGAGCUGUUAACUCAAGUCAGUUAGCUGAAUCAGUCUAAAUAAAUCUGAAUGAAUCAUUCAGACCGGUUUUGUGAAAGUGACAAACUGAUUUAUUUAAAAGAUCCAACUCGGAAAUUGCUACUUUUCUUAUUUCUCCUUUUGUGUUUCACAGAACAAAGAAAGUAAUAUGUAAAUGGUGACAGAAUUGUUUUUUUUGUUUUGUUUUUUUUUGUUGUUGUUUUUUUUUUUGGACGAACUACACCUUUAACUCUCUUACUCUUAACAACCUACCCUCUCAACCCUGCCUCCUUUUUUUUCUUUCUUUUUACUGUUUCCCCAUUUCUCCAACUGUGUUGCUCAAGUUCCUCCUGGCGUAUCUUUUAGUUUCUAGAAAUCUAUCUUUUCUCAGCAGAAAAUCUCCAGUUGCCUAGGUCCUAUCUGAAUGGAUACACACAAACAUAGAAAAGAGGUAGGACCACAAUAGAAACAAAUUGCAAUGUAGAGUCUUAUAAAGUCUAAACUGAGUGUUCGUCUCUGUUUCUUUGGUGCUAGCUUGAUGACAGCAGCAGACCAGCCUGACUGGAAUUAUGCUGCAUUACUAAAUUAUUACAGAAAUGAUAUAGCUCCCACAGUUUUAAUUUCAGAGCAUUUAAAGUUUCACAAUGUAAAAAAAAAAAAAAAAUGGAACUGGCUUUUAUUCAUCCUGAGGUCAUUAAAUUAGACCAAUGCUAUGUACCAUCUGGCCUCUGAUUUUGACAUUAGCCUGCUUGUCACACACCACACCACACCACAGGGCAUGACUAUUGAUGUAAUUUGCUCAAGUGAGUAAUAUAUACUAACUUCCAAACCAUGUAUAUCCUCACUGACUAACUGUGGGAAACCUUAUUUAUUUACAGAAAACCAAAAUGUUCCAUUGCGAACAGAGUUUGUCACUGUGUCAACAUUUCACCACUUAUGAUGCCCAACACCAAAACCAGUGACUUAUUGGUCAAAUAAUGGUGCUAAAACCUGAACUCCAGUCAAAAGCACUAAUAUGUUGUACCAAUAUGCUCCUAUUUAAGUACGUAUUUAAUAAAAUGAGGGGGAGGCGAGAAUGGUUCUCUCAUCAUGAGGAUUCUUAGGGAGUGCAGUCCAUUCUGUCUCUCUGUCUCCCUGCUCUGUUGCCCUAUGAGGUAAAACAUGUCUGGAGCCAGAGAUCUCUCCCAUUGCCCCUGUAAUAUGUACGUGAGAGAUCAGUUUGAGUGGCAUAAUUUUGUCGUUUAAAGAAAAUGAGUAUAAUCUCACAGAAUUGCUUUUCAUUUCAGCAGCCAGCCUGACCAGGAACCAGACAACAAUUUAAACUCUGAUUCAGUCUAUUACAGUAAAGACAUCAUGAAAUCUAGUUAAGGAAAACCUUUGUUAAAAUGUAUUAACACCU